AUGGAUCAAGCAGUCCGCGGCGCUGCUGCGCUCUCUGCCAGCAAGUAUGACGAAGCUAUCGAGCACUACACCAAAGCAAUAGAACAAAACCCCUCCGCUGUCGACUACUACGUCAAGCGCUCCACGGCCUACCAACGAUCGUCGAAAUAUACCGAAGCCCUCACAGAUGCCGAGAAGGCGGUCGUUCUCGCCCACAAGCGCGCGCGGCGCGAGCUCAUCAAAGAUUCUCAGUUGCGACGAGGAAUAGCGCUCUUCUUCCUGGGGCAAUAUGCGAACGCGAAAUAUGUAUUCGACAUUGUGAAGGGAAUCGAUGAGAAAGAGAAAACCUUGGCCAUCUGGGAGUCCAAGAUUGCGAUCAAGAUGAAGGAUCUUCCGGAGGGCGAUGAACAAAGAAGGAUUACGGCCAAGUCAGUUCCCGAUGUCGAUGUCGAUACGACUCCAGUGCCAACGAAGAAAGGCAAGGAACCUGCAGGGACGCCCUCCGACGCGCAGUCGCGACUAGCAGCAAACGGGAGCUCGAGCUCUCCUGCGCCAGCAACGCCAACUGAGAAGCCAAAGCACGACUGGUACCAGAACAACGAGCAAGUCACGUUCACACUGAUGGCAAAGAACGUGCCGAAAGACAAGGCCACUGUGAACAUUGAGAAGGAUUCCUCGACUUACCGCAUUACGCCUACCAAAAUCGAGGUCGUCCUGAAGAAGGCUACACCAGGCGUGAAGUGGAAGGCUCUUGAAGGCGAACUAAAGAGCGAGCCAAAAUUAUCCGAAGGAGAUGGAGCCGCGGAGAUAGUCACCGAUCGCACAAAGAAGACAACUGAGGCCGGACCCUCAUAUCCCACAUCGUCGAAAAAGGGCGCCAAGAACUGGGACAAAGUGGCUGCGGAAGAUUUGGGCGAAGAGGACGACUAUGAAGGCGAUGAGACCUCUCGGUUCUUCAAGCAGCUCUACAAAGGCGCCGGCGAAGAUGCACAGCGGGCUAUGAUGAAGAGCUACCAAGAGAGUGGCGGCACCGUUUUAAGUACCGACUGGAGCAGCGUGGGCAAUAAGUACAUCGCGCCUGAGCCUCCGGAGGGCAUGGAGGCGAAGAAGUACUGA